UAGCUUGACUUUGAACAAGCUGUGUAACGUGAAGAAUAGAAAAAUAAAAAUGAAGACUUGGCUGUAUGGGCUUUUGACCCCUUUGCCUGUCCAGAUGGACGAACAGAACCAAAAAAAAAAGUCUAUGCUUCAAAGUUCAAAGAAAUUUCGGGUUUAGGGACUAUUACAGGUUUAUUAGACAAAUCAAGAAUGAUUAUGAAUUUAAAUUGAAAAAACUAUACCCAAAAACUUUGCUGAAAAAUGGAUAUCAGUGACGAGAGAAAACCAGAAGACGUCCGAAAAGUAAUCAAAACUGCUAAACUCCAUGAGUCGGAGCUAACGGAAAUCAGUCAAGUGUUAAGGUUUCCGGACCCUAGUCACAUUAAUAACAAUCUAAGACUUAUGCUACUAGAUGAUUAUCUAUUGAAACAAAUUGAAGCAGGAAAUCAGUUAGUUUUUAAAGGUGAUGCAGAGGAAAACGUCGUUCUAUGCACAUCUAAUAAAACGUAUGACGUGAAAGAGGCCGAGACAUCCAACAGUUUGCUACUAGUUCCAGAUCUAUUAUUUGCAGCAUCGACUGGCUUAGAUGAAACUCUGGCUAACAAUUCCAUUGAAGACUCUGACUCAUCAUUUGAAAAGUCUAAUACUAGCCUAAAUAAGUCUACAGAUUCCGAUGACGGGCGGCCACCAAGAGAAAUUAUCCACAAAGAUAUAAUAAAAACAUUCUUUACAUAUUAUGAAUUGAAACCCUGCAAACCCAGGCUUUCAAAAUUGCAAAAGCUUCUAGAAGCUUCUCGAUAUCGAGGUCCAGAACUUGAAUAUACUGUAGAUAAGUCUCAACUAUUCACUUACGAUAGUCUUUUCAAACAAGUACAAGCUUCAAAAGCGGAGAUAGAUGAAGAAUUGAUUAGAAUACAGGCUAUUGAUAUUGACGGAUACUAUCGGCUGUUAGAUUUUGACUUUGAAUUCAGAGUUCUGUCAUAUAUGUUAGAUCUGAUUGAGGAGAAUUCUUGGGAAUUGGAUAAUAUAUCAAAAGAAAUAACUAUGGAGAGCCUUAAAGAUUUGGUUCCUAAGUCAAUUCUGGAGUCUAUGUUCGGCUUUUAUACAGAGCAAUGUGGUCAGUUCUAUAAGUAUAAAGAGGAUAAAGUUUGUAGAUUUCUAGCCAGAGUUUUGUUGAAGAGCGCGGGAAAGUUUAGCUUGACGGAUUUUUUGCAAGCUUGGAGGGACUCUGUACCAGAGGGAAUGACGACAAGUGAAUCUUUGCUAUCCGGUAUAGCAAUUGUGGAUAAGAGUAGUUCACCUCAGGUAGUAUGGGGCUUUUCGGAGACAGAUUUGCCUGAGGACAUACAUGAGAGGUUCAAGGUUCUAUUCCAGGCGAAAGCAAAAUGGACUGUCGAAGAUAUAUCGCCUUAUAUUGAGUCGUACGCAACUGAGAAGUUAAAUGUAAAUGCCCUGCUGACAAAACACGCGCGGGCGUCCACGGUCGACGGUGUUAGAGUGUUCUCCGCUAAGCAUAUGAAAUAAACUGAUUUCCUUGAAGAUUAAUUAAAAAUAAAAAUAA